GCUGAAGAACCAUUUUUACUUAACUUUACAGUUGCUGCACGCCAUACAAACACACUUAUUCGUGAUAAGUUAUUAAAGAUGGGCUUCUGGCGAUCCAAUAGACGAAGAACAACAGAGAUUAUACAUACCAAGCUUCCUCUUAUUGGAUAUGCAUGUUUAAACUUUGAGAAUAAAAUGGAUGUAUUAGAGCAAGGAAUUUCACGUUUUAGAUUGAAAAAGUUUGACGGCAAUUCAUCUAAUCGUUGGAUCAAUAUUGAAUUACUUAUCGAUAUUAGAGUAACAGAAACUGUAUCUACUGUUCCUUGUCGUCGUUUCCCUUGGUCUUUUGAGUCUCAAGAGAGUUCUUUCUCUUUUCAUGAAAGCUCAGAGGAUACAAAACAGAUUUCAGAAGAGCUAUUAAAAUCUCAGAAACACUGUCUAAAGGGUGAUUAUUUAACUGUCUAUACAAGAGGCAAGGCUUAUCCUACAUGGAAGCGUUAUUGGGUCAUUGCAAAGGAAGACCAACUCAUUUUAUACGAUUUCACAUAUAAGGAUAGCAAGGAACCAUUAGGUGUUAUACCUUUAACAUAUUUACUAUCAGUUAAUAAACCUUCAUUGGAUGAUUGUGAAAACACUGGAAUCGCUAGAACGACUGGAUUUGUAUUGCAAUUCAGUAAAAGUAAUCCACUCGUGUUUAAAACAGUUCGUCUAGACCAAGAAGAAGAACUGGAAGGAAAAAUUUUCAUCUAUGGUGAUAACGAACUGAAUACAAAUUAUUGGCGUAAAGCACUUGUUAGUCUCCAAGACUCAAAUGAAACUGUUCAUGGUAACAGAAUUGAAGCCCUUAUGGAUUUGCGCUAUCUAUGGUAAUGAAGGAAAAAAUAAAUAAAUAAAUAACUCCAUUGUUAUAUAAUUAAAACAGGUAAUAUUAUCACUUAAAUAUUCCUUUACUCUCCC